UGUGAAGAAGAGAGGAGGGCUCCAGGGGCAUGGGCAGAUAAUAAAAUUGGCAUUUCUUAGUAGCCAGACAUUUUUGCUAGAAAUGGAGAAUCCACUUUUAAAGAGUGAGUCUCUCCCCCCAAAGAGUGGCCAUUCCCCUGGGGGAUCAGAGAUUUCACAUCUCCGUGGCUUAAUGACUCCAAUUUAUUGGUUGAUUGAUGUCAAUAGAUCAUGUGAAAGUCAAUGCAAAGUAAUUUCCUUCCAUUCAAUGAUGAGGGGCCAGGUAGCCCAAUGGAUGCCUAACUAGCCCUUGGUGCUCUCUAGUCUUAGAAUCGACACUCAGACAGAAGGUAAAGGUUUACAAACCACAGGGAGAAGGGAAUAGUGAUUAGGAAAAGUCACCGGGAAGCAGGUAGCACCUGUGCUAAGCUUUGAAGGAUGCCGGGGAGUCUAGAGGGGAAGAGAGAACAUUUCUAGCUAAUGCCACUGUUUGUUCACUUCAGAUUUUCUGCACUAAGGUGCAGCAGUAAGAACUCUGGCUUGGGAGUCAGAGGAGUUGGAUUCAAAUUCUGGCUCUGCCAUUCCUACCACAUGUAUGACCUUGGUUAGUUAAGUGUCCUAGGUCUCAGUUCUGUAAAAAUGAAGGGAUUGGACAAGAUAACCUCCAAGAUGACUUCUAGCUCUAAGGAGAAGUGGAAAGACUGAUGAACGUGGAACCCUAAGACCUGAGUUCAAAUCUACUACCUAUGUUAUGUAGGACAAAUGAUUUCACCUUUGUGGGUCUCAGUUUUUUUUUUUUUUCUGAAAAAUGAAGGGAGUCUGGCUGGAGAUGAUUCACCUUCUGGCUCUAAAUCUAUGGCCCCAUGAUCCUAGGGGGGGGGGCCUUUCUCAAUGUUUGAAUGGAAUUGUGCCUAAGUCAUUUCCACUGGGUCAGUAAGCCCUGAGCCUCAGUUUCUUCACUUGUAAAAAAAGGCUUGAAAUUCUCACACCGCCUGCCUCCCAGGCUGCUUGUGGGGAAAGCCUUUGGAGAAAGGUGACUGCCAUUCUCUUAGUCAGGGACCAUGGGUGGCCUGCCUGCCUUUGGCCCCUCCUUGGAGUCCGCAGAAGCAUGUUUGUCUCCUGGGUUGCUCUGGGUAAAACAUGUUUUGUUUAGAAAGCACCUGGGAAGCCUGAAAUCCCAGAAGUGAGUCGGAGGCAGGCGCUGGGGGAGGAGGCGGCUCAGAGGAUGAGGCAGGGACGUGCCCACCGCCCCAGGAGAGAGCUGAGCAGGGGAAGGAGCCGAGGGGAGGCUGGACGCAGGUUUAGGGGCUUCGGGAGUGAAUUAGGUGGGAAAGACUGCUCCUCUGAGAAGGCAGGGACUGUGGAGUCUGGCGGAUCACAUCCCAGCCGCACCUGCCUAGCAUCCUUGGAUCUAAGUUUAAGGAUAGGAAGACUCGUUUAGUCUUUCCUUUUACAGAUGACGACGCUUGAAACUCAGAGAGGAUACGGAUUCGGCCAAGGUCACCCAGCACAUUAGUGACUGGGUUAGAAUUCGAACCCAGCUCCUCCCACCGAAGUCGAGAACUCUUCCCACUGUCCGGAGCUGGGGCUGGUCCUUUCCCUGCCCCAGAUCCAGAUACUGGAGGAGGGUCCUAGGUACAGGGCUGAGGGGCAGGUCCCGGUCUCACCCUGAGCGUAGCGAAGUUCCGGGCUGGGGCUCCACUCCCUCCCUCCUUCCUGCGGGAGCCAGGACUGGCCAGAUCUGCGCCGAUUGCCAUGGAGACUGGCGUACACAGGACUGCAGCGCGCGGGGUUUCCGGCUGGCCACCUACCUCUAGAUCUCCGAGACGCCCCCCGGCGGGGCGCCUCCUCCAGUCCUGGAGAACAUCAAGAAUGAAAGCUUUUUUAAAGUGUUCUGAAGGCUUUAUUUUCCUGAGAAAAUAUACAACCAUUGGAAGGCAUGAAAAUUCAGACCUUGUUUUAAAGUAUCCAGAUAUUGACAACCAUCACGCUCUGAUUGAGUUCAAUGAAGAAGAUGGUAGCUUCAUUCUUCAAGAUUUCAAUUCCCUCAGCGGAACCUUUGUCAACAACUGCCACAUUCAGAAUGUAGCUGUGAAACUGAAACCAGGGGACAUCCUGCGCUUCGGAGCUGUGGGGCUCUCCUAUGAGCUGAUAGUGGAAUUCCUACCUCAUUCAACCCACUAUUCACCGGGGCCCAAGGUAUUGGACCUAACCCCAGGCCAUCACUCUACACAGUUCCCUUUUCUCCAUACUCGGCCAAUGAGUGCUCAACGAAGCUGGUCCCAAGAACUGAUGGAAGGCACGCAACCUCGUCCGCCUCCGGAAAAGAGGCCAUUUAGUGCUGGAGGGAGAAGGAUGCUGGCUGUUUCUUCAGAUCCAGUUAGCAGAUCUAUUAAACAAGGUAUCUGACAGGCUUUUUAUAUUUUGUAUAAAGACAUUCACAGUCACUUUUGCUAGUUAAUUUAUAGAGGGCCACCCCAAAGUCUUAGUGGAGGAGCAUGCAGUCAUCGAAGGUUAUAAUUGCACUAAGGCUUUUGGGAUCCCCCCUUUAUUUGGGAGAGGGAGGUCAUAGUGACGGAUAGAUUGGGGAUCAGGUCUUGGAUCCAGAGAGGCCUGAUCGGUUUCUUGGCCUCCCUCUGACAUAGGCACUGGCUGAGUGAACAGGGAUAUGUGGACACCACCUUUCAGUGCCCCAAAUUUAUAUUUCAACUUUGCAUCUUCUAAUUGAAACCUAAUCCUGAUCUCGUUCCACAAGCCCCAUCAGCUUUGACAUUCUAGACUGAAUUCCCUCCAAACCCUAACAAUCCAUGUUCUCAGUCAAUUUUGACAAUGUUGGAGGCUAUAUCCCUGUCCUGGCACUCUGAUAAGCUACUUAACUCUCUUCUAAUGUGCUUCCCAGGUCUCACAUUCCCUGUUCUAAGAGCCUUUCCUAAUGCUGACAUUUUGGGUUCUAAGAUCUCUCCCAGCUUUGACAUUCUGUGUCCUAAGAUCUCUCCCAGCUUUGACAUUCUCUGUUCUAAGGACUCUCCCAGCUCUGACAUUCUCUGUUCUAAGUUCCCUCCCAGCUCUGAUAUUCCCUGUUCUAAGGUCUCUCCCAGCUCUGACAUUCUGUGUUCUAAGGUCUUUCCCAGCUCUGACAUUCUCUGUUCUGAGGUCUCUCCCAGCUCUGACAUUCUCUGUUCUAAGCUCUCUCCCAGCUCUGACAUUCUCUGUUCUAAGUUCCCUUUCUGAUAUUUCCUGUUCUAAGGUCUCUCCCAGCUCUGACAUUCUCUGUUCUAAGGCCUCUCCCAGCUCUGACAUUCUCUGUUCUAAGGUCCCUCCCAGCUCUGACAUUCUCUGUUCUAAGGUCUCUCCCAGAUCUGACAUUCUCUGUUCUAAGUCUUCUCCUAGCUCUGACAUUCUCUGUUCUAAGUCUUCUCCCAGUUCUGACAUUCUGCGUUCUAAGAUCUCUCCCAGCUUUGACAUUCUGUGUCCCAAGAGUUCUCCCAGCUUUGACAUUGAGUUCUUUUGUUUGUUUGUUUGUUUUUGUUUUUUCAUUUUGAGUUCUAAGGUCCCUCCCAGCUCUGACAUUGUAGGUUCUAAGAUCUCUCCCAGCUCUAACAUGCUGUGUUCUAAGAUCUCUCUCUCCCAACUCUGACAUUCUGGGUUCUAAGCUCUCUCCCAGCUCUGACAUUCUGUGCUCUAAAGACUCUCCCAGCUCUGACAUUCUCUAUUCUAAUGUCUCUCCUAGCCUGAUAUUCUUUGUUCUAAGGUAUCUCCCAGAUCUAACAUUCUAGGUUCUAAGGUCUCUCCCAGCUCUGACAUUCUCUGUUCUAAUGUCUUUCCCAGCUCUGACAUUCUCUGUUCUAAGAUAUCUCCCAGAUCUGACAUUCUAUGUUCUAAGGGUUCUUCCCAGCUCUGACAUUCCGGGUUCUUUUGUUUAUUUGUUUGUUUGUUGUUUUUGUUUUUGUUUUUCAUUCUGGGUUCUAAGAUCCCUCCCAAUUCUGACAUUGUGUGUUCUAAGGUCUCUCCCAGCUCUGACAUUCUGGGUUCUAAGGGUUGUUCUAGUUCUGACAUUCUCCAUUCAAAGGGUUCUUCCAUCUCUGACAUUUUCUGUUCUAAGGUCUCUCCCAGCUCUGACAUUCUGUUCUAAGUUUUCUCCCAACUCUAGCAUUGUCAGUUUUACCCUUCCAGCUGUAGCAUUCUCAGUUCUAAGAGCCCUUUCUAACUGACAUUCUGUUUUCUAAGGUUCCUCCCAGGCCUGGCAUUCCCUGUGCCUAGGGCCUCUUCCCAGUUGUGAUGUUUUCUAUUCUAAGGUCCUUUGCAGCCAUGACAUUCCAUGUUCAAUAAUAAAAGUAAACCCUUUUCUUCCCCUUUUCUUUCCUGGUUAUUAUGGUGUGGAAGGAAAACCACCUACAAUCUGCAUUUUAAUUAAAAUGUCCUUCCAACACAUUUUCUUUUUUUUAAAAUUUAAAUUAAUUUAUUCAGUCAAUUUAGAACAUUUUUCCUUGGUUACAAGAAUCAUAUUAUCUCCCUCCCUCCCCUCCUCCACCCUUCCCAUAACUGAAGCACAAUUUCACUGAGUAUUACAUGUGUCCUUGAUCAGAACCUAUUUCCAUGUUGUUGGUGUUUGCACGAGGAUGUUCAUUCACAGUCUACAUCCCCAACCAUAUCCCCUCAACCCAUGUAUUCAAGCAGUUGUUUUUCUUCUGUGUUUGUACUCCCAUAGUUUUUCCUUUGGGUGUGGCUAGUGUUCUUUCUCAUAAAUCCCUCCAAGUUGUUCAGGAUCACUGCAUUGCAAAUAAUGGAGAAGUUCAUUACAUUCAAUUGUGCCACAGUGUAUCAGUCUCUGUGUACAAUGUUCCUUUCACUCUGCAUCACUUCCUCGAGGUCAUUCCAGUUCACAUGGAAUCCCUCCAGUUCAUUAUUCCUUUGAGCCCAAUACUAUUCCAUCACCAACAGAUACCACAAUUUGUUCAGCCAUUCCCCAGUCUUCCAACACAUUUUCACUAGUGUGUAAGCAUUUUGUUUGGAGACACUCUGCAGCUAGCAUUUCCCCUUAAAGAUAACUCUUGAACACAAGCAAUUUCCAUCUCCCAUUUGACAGUUAUUAUGAAACAAAAGAUAAAGAUAAGAAAUUCAGCAGCCAGGAAAAUAGCCCAAAUUACAGAGUUUUCAGGUAGACUUUCAGUUGAAUUAUUCACCAGAGGGAGCCACGAUCAUGUGGAUGUCAGCAGGGCUUAUGGGAAAGGCAUGUUGAAAUAGAUAGACAUGUCCUCUCUUGAUCUGGUUCACGAUAAACUAAGGAACAUAUUCUUUCUCUGAUUCACAAAAGGACCUUGAUCUAUGCACUGAUUCUGACUUUGGGGUUCAGUCCCUAUUUUGAGAAGCACUGGAGACUCAAAGGAGUUUAAGAAUACCAGACCAAAAACACUGCUACAUUUACCUCUUAAUUUUCAUAAUACCACAGAGAUCUUAAUGUUGUAGGCUUCCCCACUGAUCAGGAUGGAGAGAGAUGUAGGAGGGACAAAAGGAACAAAGAUUGAAAUGGCCCUGGAAUCUGCCCCAACCAGGAACUGAUGAAGGAACAAGUGAGGAAAGGAACAGACUGAAAAAGGAACAUGCUGGUCAGAAAGCAAACAAGAACAGAAAGAGCAUUAUGGGGCAUUUUUUAUUUGUGAUAUAGAUGAUUGACAUUGACAGAAAUUCCUUUAGAAAUUCUUGUAUUGGUCCUUGGUUCAAAUCUGGCCUCAGACACUUCCUAACUGUGUGACCCUGGGCAAGUCACUUAACCCCCAUUGCCUAGCCCUUACCACUCUUCUGCCUUGGAACCAACACACAGUAUUUAUUCUAAGACAGAAGGUAAGGGGUUUUGGUUUUGUUUUUUGUUUUUUUUUAAAGGUUUUGCAUUGUACCCUAGGUCUAUUAGAUCCUCUCCUUCUGGUGACACCAUUCAAGAAAAAACGACAGGAGAGCUGCCAUGAAGGGAAGAUCAAGGGUAUUAAAAAUAUUCAAAAUAUUAGAAUUAGAAGGAUCUUCAGACGUCAACCAAUCCUGCCAGUAUUGUCUUCAGGAAUGUCAUCUAUGAUAUUCAUUCAUUUAUUUGUUUGGGGUUUUUUGGUUUUUUUGUUUGUUUUAAACCCUCACCUUCCACCUUGGAGUCAAUACUGUGUACUGGCUCCAAGGCAGAAGAGCGGUAAGGGCUAGGCAAUGG